GCAGUGGACGAGCAAACCGCGCACAUGCGCACGUAUCGGAUGAAUACGCUCCUUUCAAUAACAUCGCGAAAUACGAAUCAAAGGCAUUCUUUUCCUUUAAAAACAUCGCAAUGAAACACGACUCGGUCGUCAUUUGAAUUGUAUUUUUGUCAGCGUCCGCAUCAUUUGUAAUCAUAGGCACCGUGACUUUGAAUUUGCUCCGCUUACGAGCCAGGAUGAAGUUCCCCAAAUUCGAUUUGACAUUGCAAAAGAAAAUGUGUAAGUCAGCAACAUUCGUGCGUAUGUGGCACGUCACCAGGCGUUCUCUGAGCCUGGAGCAUUCGCCUGCGCACCAGUUCGCAUGCAGCCAAUGGCAGACCACCACUCAACCUUCCACCGCCUACCUAAUAUACAGAUGGCUACUAUUUAUCACUGUCCUUUCAACGGCCAUCGCCAGUUUCGUAUGCCAGAAAAUUCCACCUCGAUAUGAUGGUCCAAAAAUUGAACUAAACUACUUCAAAUGGUUUAUAUACUUCACAAACUGGGGAUUCAUGCUGAUCGCGCUCCAGGCACUCUUUGCUCUUACCGUCGUGCUCUCUUACAGAUCUCAGAAGGCUAUUAGCAAUACUUGUGAGGAUGACGAUGCUCUGAUGCCACGACGACAACGCACGCCGUUACUAUGCCGUGCUUAUUGGCUCACACAGAACAUUGCUACGGACCUGGCUUUUGUCAUCACACUCAUAUACUGGACCAUAGUUUAUGAUCCUAAAAUUCACGAUAUAGACGCUCUUAACCUCUUAGUCCACGGAGGCAAUUCACUGGUGAUGAUUUGCGAGUUGAUAGUGACAGCGCAUCCAAUAAGAGCAGCACACGCGCUUUACAGCGUCGGCGCAGGCGUUACAUACGGAGUAUUCAGCGCAGUGUAUUGGGGGCUCGGCGGAACAGACAGGUUCGGCCUGCCCGCCAUCUACCCAGCGCUCAACUGGAACCAUGCUGGUUCGGCAUUCGGUUUUGUGGCUCUAUGCGCUGUGAUUCUACUGCUGGCGCACGGAUUUGCAACUUGCGUGUCCGCCGUGCGCGUCUGUGUAGCCGCACGCAUGCGCACACGAACUCUCGACCGGCUCUCUCUGCCCACUCACUGACCGAGACCGGCUGAUGCACUCACUGCACUCUACAUGGUACUAGCACUCAUCGCCAUAUGGAAUAACGGCGGCUAUUGUCACAAGUAGUGCUAAUCUAAAUUAAUACUUUAUAAGACUUAAUACCAGGAUAACUUCAUCUUUUUGUAUAUUUCCAUAAUAAUAUUGGCUCAAUAGUAAUAAAGUAUUUUUUCUGACUCAUAUAUUAUGCUGAUAGCAUAAUAUUAGGCACUAACAUUAGGUAUAUUUGUAAGCAGUAAGCGUUAGCAUAAUUGUGUAUCUAGUACAUAGUGCAAUCUGUUUAGAAAAUUACCUACAAUUUCAAUAAAAAAGUAUUAUAUAUAUUUAAAAAUCGUACUAAGGACUGUUUACCAGUGAAAUAUUUAGCAAAUAUUUAGUUUAUUAGAAUUAUGUAGGUGGUGCAAACUAUUUGUUCAGAAUAAGUCAGUUACAGCCAUCGAAUACAAAGAGGUUAUCAAAAUGCGGGUCUGCUAAUUAAUAUUUCUAUCCGCGAACACUGUGAAUCUAAGUAUUUUAUUUACUCACUUUAUGAUUCAGUUAACUGAAUAGAGAAAGCCAAAGAGCCAAAGAGAAUAUGUGUAUGACUACAACUCUGCAAGCAGCAAAUGAAUUUAUCACAUCAACUUCAUUCCAUUCUUGUCCAUGAUUUUUAAAAUAAAGACUCAAUAUUUUAUACUGCCUUUUGCAUUAACUGCUAUUUUAAUAUUUUUUAAUUUCGUUAGAAUCAACGAAUCUCAUUUAUUUUGAUAGUAAACUGAACUGAUAGAACAAAAGGGCAGAUUUUUAAACUAUAGGUAAUAAAUAUCUGACUUAUGAUUGUUAAAAGUAAAAUCUUAUAUUAAUGAUCUUAGGACAAAUGUCAAAAUCAAAAUGAUUUAUUGAAUAUGGUGUCCUAAAAACAGCGUUUUGUCAUAACUCACUCAGUUAAUUGUAAGCAUUUCCUAAUUUAAUAAUAAUAUUAUAUGCAUUGUGCUGUGAAGUAUUGCAUAUCUGAAAUGUAAUUAUUAUUAUAAGAUAUAAAAUAGUGAAAAGCAAUACCAAAAAAUAUCUAUCGUAGUGUUUUUCGUUAAUAUAUUAAUUGGAAAUAUUUUAAAAUUGUUAAUAUAAACAAGCUCACGCUUAUCUAUGAAAAAUUGUUAGAAAUAAUACUUAGAUUUAAAUAUAAGCUUUUGGCAUUAAUAAAUGAAAGCUAUAAACAUGUGAAAAACGCUUAACCGGAUAUGAAAGAAAUAAUUCAAUACAUAACUGUUUCACUACUCGUAAUCCAAAUGUCACUAUAAUAUUAUAAAAAUCGCUACAUUGUAUACCGCGAGAUUGUAAGCUGUCGUAAAAUUGUGAUUUGGAACAUACUGUUUAUAAUUUGAUAUAUUAGUUCCCAAUAGAUUAUAAUUUAGCAAUAUAAGAGUAAAAAAGGUGACAUCAACAUAAUUAAAGGUAUUAUCUUUAAAUGCAUUUAUUUCAAUUAAGUGUGCAAUUUGUAUUGUUUAUGGUUUAGAGUUGCUAAUGAGUGCGAUUUUAUGCACAUGGGUAAAUAGUUCAGUUUAUUUCACUAUAUUGACUGUAUUUCAUAAUGAAAAGUUCCUUUUUAUAUAAUAUUUUCUCAUAAGUACUAAUAUCAUAAUGUGAUUUAACGUAAAUUCCACUUAUUAUGCUCGAGUCGGAUAAAAAAAACUAAUACUAAUUACCAAUGGAGUAUUAUGAAAUUGUGAGUAUAAAACAAAAAUGUAAGUAGUGUCGUUUUAUUUUAUUUUAUUGUACAAUAACAGAAUACAAAUUGUACUUUAUAGUUAACGUCUAUAUAAAUAUAUAUUUCAGUAAUAAUUGUAAACUGCAUUCGUUGAAAAUUGCUGUCAAUUCUGUUGGUCCAACGUAGCUCCGACAACAGCGUUGUCGCAAUAUUGAAAUUUCGAACAAAUUGAACCUUUAUUACCUUUUGGAGGCGAUUUUGUUGAAUUCAACGCUUUAUUUUUUUAUUUUUAAUAACACUGUUUCUUAUUGAGAAAGUAUGAAGCUCUAGACUUAAUCGAUGUGAAAAAAGAAGCAAUUAUUUCAAAUAUCCUAGUGACAAUAUUAACUUACUUUUAAUUUCUUGUACAUCAAUAUGUCGAACACGUGUUGAAUAUUUAUCCAAUGCCUAAUAUGUGAUAGUAAAGUUAUGU